AUGCCUCCGCCUCCAGGCCACGAACUGUCUGAUUCGGAGCCCGAUGAGGCAUUCGACUCGCCUAUCAAGAGGAGCACCUCCUUCCGAGAUCAAAACCGACCAAAGACACCGAACAACCAGUCUUCUCGCUACGAUGAGCAGGACAAGGACGACGCUCGCGAGACGGUACUGCGCAGGGAGCUAGAGGGCGUGCGCAACAUCAAUGAGCUGAUCGAAGGUGUUGUUGGCACACUGGAAAGAGCAAAAGGCAACAUGGCUACCGUCUCAAAAACCGUCGACACUGCGAGCGCGCUGCUCAACACAUGGACGCGCAUUCUCAGCCAGACGGAACACAACCAGCGAUUGAUCCUUAACCCGACAUGGAAAGGCGCCAGCGCGGACGUUGCGGAGAAGCAAGGCGACGAGCGGAGGAAGCACAGGACAACGCUCACCGGCAGCGAGAGGGCACCGGAUCGUCUGGCGGAGCUGGACUAG